UUCCUCCCAGUGCGCCGGGGGACGACGAGUCGCGAUCAUCGGCCGUCCCGAUCGCCGAUCAGUCGUGCACGCUCUCGCUCGGAGUCGAGCGGACCUGUGUUGACGUUCACGCUGAGACUGACGUGACGGAGCAACGAAUGUGAGUCUCGCCGCGCGGAAACGUCGGGCGUAAGGCACUUGCCGCCCUCCUCCAGUACAGUGUGUGCUGUUUUGUGACAGAUACACAAUUGCAUUGAUACGCAUACGCGUUCGCGCGCGGAGAGCAAGAUGCCGCUCUUCGGGAAGAAGGACACGAACAAGAAGAUGAAGAAGGACGGCAAGGACGACCGCUCGCCCUCCGUCGAGGACAAGUACAUCCUCAAAGAUCUGCUGGGAACGGGGGCAUUCUCCGAAGUGAGGCUGGCGGAGAGUAAAGAGAAGCCCGGUCAAAUGUUUGCCGUGAAGAUCAUCGACAAGAAGGCACUAAAGGGCAAGGAGGACUCGUUAGAGAACGAAAUCAAAGUUCUGCGAAGGUUCAGUGAAAGUGCGACACCACAGAGUGGUGGCGGAUCGCUCACGUCGGAUAGUAGUGGCGAAAAGAGAUGGCUAACCCACCCCAAUAUCGUUCAAUUGCUGGAGACGUUCGAGGACAAGCACAAAGUCUACUUAGUUAUGGAACUGGUCACUGGCGGAGAGCUAUUCGACAGAAUCGUCGAGAAGGGCUCGUACACGGAAAAGGACGCGUCCGGUUUAAUAAGACAAGUACUCGAGGCGGUGGACUAUAUGCACGAGCAGGGUGUCGUUCACAGAGAUCUCAAGCCGGAGAAUCUUCUGUAUUACAGUCCGGACGAGGAGAGCAAGAUUAUGAUCAGCGAUUUCGGCCUAUCGAAGAUGGAAGAUUCUGGGAUCAUGGCAACCGCUUGUGGCACGCCAGGAUACGUCGCACCCGAGGUUCUGGCGCAGAAACCGUACGGUAAAGCGGUGGACGUGUGGAGUAUAGGAGUCAUCUCGUACAUCCUCCUGUGCGGAUACCCCCCGUUUUACGACGAGAAUGACGCCAAUCUGUUCGCACAAAUUCUGAGAGGUGAAUUUGAAUUUGAUUCACCGUAUUGGGACGACAUCAGCGCUUCUGCGAAGGAUUUCAUUGGAAAGCUGAUGUGCGUCAAUGUCGAGGAACGUUACACGUGCAAACAGGCUCUUGCACAUCCCUGGAUUUCCGGCAACGCGGCUAGCAAUAAAAACAUUCAUAGUACGGUAUCCGAGCAACUUAAAAAGAAUUUUGCCAAGUCAAAAUGGAAGCAAGCGUACCACGCAGCCACGGUCAUACGUCAGAUGCAACGGCUAGCGCUAAACAGCGGCCAGCAGCAACAGCAGCAGCAGCAGCAGCAACAGCAGGAGGGUACAGGCUCGAUCGGUCCCUCCAGCGGCAACCCCACGCAAUAUCCAGAGCAAUCGCAGGUCAGCUACAACCAGCAUACGGGGCCGCUGGGACUGCCGCCCUCGAGCAAUCACAGCAAUUGAAGCGGACACGCGGGUCGUUGCUCACCGUGUCAAGCCUGAUAUUUACGAAUCUCACUUCUCACUCCAUUCCAAUCGCUCCCGCCGACUAUUCG